GUCUUCUGCACGUCAGUCGCGAAACUUAGUGGCUCGGUUUAGGACGUGUGGACGCUAUUCUCUUGUCUCCCGGUUGGUGAUCGCUGGUGGUGUGGUCGAUUCCAGCAAAGUGUGCCCACCCGAAUUGGGUGUUAUUUUGUGUGCAAUUUAUUUUUGCUGAUUUCGGGAACUUUGGACGAAGAAAUAACAAAAACGAUAGAAAAAACUAACUGAGUUCUUAGAGUGCCAACGGUGAACAUGUGGAAAUUUACUGCGGUGUGUCUCGCCGUGCUGGGGCUAAGUUCGUGCGUCCAUGGGACCACCAAGCUGCAGGAACGAUACAGCUGGAAGCAGCUGGAUUUUGUGUUCCCGAGCGAACAGAUGAAGCAGCAAGCGCUGGCCAGUGGGGAUUAUGUGCCGACAAACGGACUUCCGGUCGGAAUCGAGCGGUGGCAGAAUAAGCUUUUCGUGUCGGUGCCACGGUGGAAGGAUGGUAUUCCGUCCACGAUGAAUUACAUCGACAUGAAUCAGACCCCCUCGGGGUCGCCGGCUCUGAUCCCGUACCCGGACUGGGCCAGCAAUGCGGCUGGAGACUGUGCGAACGGGUUGAAUACCGUUUAUCGUAUUAAAGCUGACAAGUGCGAUCGGUUGUGGCUGCUCGAUACGGGCACCGUUGGAAUUGGAAACACCACCCAACAGCUCUGUCCGUACGCGCUAAACAUCUUCGAUCUGAAAACGAACCGUCGGAUCCGUCGGUACGAACUGCGUGCGGAGGACACUAACCCGAACACUUUCAUUGCUAAUAUUGCUAUUGACAUGGGAAGCAGCUGCGAGGAUACCUUCGCCUACAUGUCCGAUGAGUUGGGCUACGGAUUGAUUGCGUACUCGUAUGAGAAGAACAAAUCGUGGCGAUUUGCGCAUAGUUUCUUCUUCCCGGAUCCACUGCGUGGAGACUUCAACAUUGCCGGACUGAACUUCCAGUGGGGAGAGGAAGGUAUCUUUGGAAUGUCUCUUUCGCCGCUGCAGGCCGACGGAUUCCGCACGAUGUACUUCUCGCCCUUGGCGAGCCACCGCGAGUUUAUGGUAUCAACUAAAACACUUCGCGACGAGGAGCGAGUGGAGGAAAGCUUCCACGACUUCCAGUAUCUGAAGGAACGAGGACCAGACGCGCACACCACUUCGCGUGUCAUGAGCGAAAACGGACUCCAGCUGUUUAAUUUGAUCGAUCAGAACGCUGUCGGUUGUUGGCAUUCGUCUCUUCCAUACAGCCCCGAAUACCACGGCAUUGUUGAUCGUGACGAUGUGGAGCUGGUCUUCCCCGCUGAUGUUAAAAUUGACGAAUCGGAAACCGUUUGGGUCAUAUCCGAUCGGAUGCCGGUGUUCCUGAUUACCGAGCUGGACUACAGCGAUGUCAACUUCCGAAUUUUCAGUGCCCCUCUCAGUGUCCUGGUUUCGGGCACCGUAUGCGACGUUCAGCCAAACCUCAGUUCUGCCUCAGUCCAGCCCAAAUUCGGAGGUGUCGAGUCGGACACCACACUGAUUCAGACAGGCUACACGCAACCCUACAGCUACACACCUGUGUCAUACGCUCCAACCAGUGCUCCAGUAACGUCCUACGAGACGCCCUCCUCUCACAUGUACUCGACUCAACUCUACCCAACAACCGCUAAGGCGUAUCACUUCAACAAGUAUCACAACGUCGAAUAUCACGCACAUGGCAACGGACACGGUCCAGAGUAUCACCAUCACCAGCACCCGCACGAUCACUCCGGCUACUAUUCUGGCCAUCGCUACUGGGGCGGCAGUGGCGGCAGCAAAAAGCACGAAUCCCUGAAGCAAUACUUCUACUAAGGGUGAAGGAAGCACCUAGUUAAACUGUGAAUAGUUUAGGAGCACAUCCGACGACUCGGUAGCCAGUCGCCGGUUCGGUUAUUAAUUUAGAUAAAUUAUUAACUUGUGAAGCCGAGAAGCACUUUAAGCGUCUUUGCUUUGUUAUGUAGCGAAUUAGAUAAUUAAAUAAAAUAUAACAGAAAUGAAAGUGAGAAAGAGAGAAACAAAAAAAACGAAGACGGAGAGAAAAAGUGGUCUAAGCUAAGAUUGUUACGAAAUAAAUACCUACGGUAAUAUGGAGAA